AUGCACAAGGCGAUCCAGCGAGCGCCCCAGGCGUUUGUAGAUUCUGUCAAAUCACCAUCCUUUCCAAUGGCAAAGAAUGAUCCAGGGGCGUUGGAUCUCGCCAUGCUUCAUCACCAUCAGGCAUCUGCGGCGCAUUUGAUGCAAGCUCAGAUCGAAAAGGUGACCGCGGCAGAGCCUGACGCAUAUAUCAUCGGAAAUCUGACCCUGUUCUUGUCGGUGAAUAUCAUGGAGAGUGCCUAUGGCAGAUGGCAUGCCCACCUCCAGGGCGCCAAAGCGCUCAUCGACUUCUGGCGUCACACGGACCUCGAUCUCCCGGAAUCAUGUGGCUUUGGCUACUUUAACCUUGUGAUGGCGGACAUCUAUAGCACGACCACUUCACCGUCGAAGCAACUCUCUCCGUCGACUAUCUCUUACCAUAGCACAUAUCUCGACGAGAUUGACCGCCUCCAGAUCUUCAGCUUUGACUCUUUCACCCCUGUGCCCAAGGAGAUGAUAAUUACUGCAAUCAGUAUCAACAUCCAUAGAGCCCAAGCGACAAACGAUAAACUAGAGACUUUCGAGGGCAUUGAAACCUCUGCGUCUGGUAUUCUUGAGUACGCUCGAGCCUUUUCCCCCGCAAGCUGGGCAGAGGAAGCGGCGGCGGCUCUUGCUGAGAUCAACCCGAGUCCAACGCCAAAUCCGCUUCGAGAGGUGAACAACCUUGACAGCUGGACAGCCCUCGCCCAGUCAUUUCAAUCAGCUACCGUUCUCUACCUCGUAUGGAGCAUCCCUCCCAGUGAGCGAGUUGGCAGUACGGAAGCCGGCACAUGGGUGACAGCGAGAUCAUGGGCUUAUGCAACGUUGACGACAGCCAUCCAUCAUCUUUUCGAACGAAGACAAAAGAAGGGUUCACAUUACAAAUUCAUCCUCUGGUCGAUGUUGAUGGCAGGGUUGGAGGCCAUCGUUCUCUCUGACCACGCAGAGCUGGCCCUUCUUUGCAGUAACUUGAGAAUCUUGACCGUGGACCUCGGAGUGUCGGCCAUGCAUGAGGCGGCUGAUUUGUUGGAAAAGACUUGGGCUCGGUUUGAGAAUCGAGAGACGGAACUGGAGCUGCAUCAUCAUUGGGAUGAAAUCUUUGCGGAUGCAUCUCUGUUUCUCAUGUAA